AUGAAUGAUUUAAAAUCAAAAUAAAUUUAAGAAACCUAAGAAGCCUAAAAAACAAUCUGCAAAUUUCACAAUUUAGAAUUUAUUGCUGUUGACUUAGAUACAUCAGAAGGCUCAUAGAUAAAAUUUUUGUGUGGAAAAUGUUUAGUGGAUAAACUGAAUAAUUAUAAAGUGUCAACAAUUGAGCAAUCGAAGGAAAGCAUCUAACAAUAAAGCUAAAGAAAAUUAAACAAGACUCAACUAUUAUAAAAAUAUUCUUGA